AUGCAACCAGCGGUGGUUUCCUCUUCAAAUAUUCCCACUGAUUUGUCAGGUAUAAAAGCUACAGAAUAUCAACGUUCUUACUCUUGGAAACUACCAAUGGUUAAUAAAGUUAAACAAAAAGAAUUUAUAAAAUCUGAAUAUCAACGAGAAUUUACCUGGAGAGAUAAUAAUAACAACAACACUAAUUUAAUAUCUUCAACAAGUACUACUCCGAUACCACCUUCGCCUAUACCACCCUCUCCAAUACCGCCUUCACCUAUACCACCGCCUAUAUCAUCAUCAUCAUCAAUUAAUAAUAUUAGUAAUGAUUUAUCAAAAUUGAGACUUACCUCUAAAUCUACUCCAUCUUUAUUAAACGAUAUUGCACUAUUACCUGAUAACAGCCACAUUGAUAUUAAACACAAUGGUGCUUUUGUAACUGAAAUAGAAGAACUUGAAAGAAUUCCGUAA